AUGCUAAUGAACUUUUCAAAAGGAUGGAAGACUUGUUUAUCAUUAUUGUUAAUCAGCCAUAUUUUGAUAAUUUCAUUUUCAAUUUUUACUUUUACAGCUUAUUGGUAUAAAGAAAAUGACAUUUUUCUUCUUUGUGGUAAUGAAAGUGGAAGUACAAAAUGUCCUCCAGGUUAUGUUUGUUGGAAAGAUCGAGGCAAAAAUCCUGAUUUUGGAUAUACAAGUUUUGAUAAUUACGGUUGGGCUAUGCUUGCGUGUUUUCGAUUAAUGACACAAGAUUAUUGGGAAAAUCUUUAUCAAUUAAUACUGUCAGCAGUUGGUCGUUAUCAUUUUUUAUAUUUUGUUGCUGUUAUAUUUUUUGGUUCAUAUUAUUUGCUUAAUUUAAUCUUAGCUAUUGUCUUCAUGUCUUAUCAACAACAACAAAAACAAGUUGAAAUUGAAAAUGAAGAACGUGAAAGACGUAAAACUCGAGAUAAACUUGAAAUACAAAAUGAAGAAAUACGAAAAACAUCUGAAAUUCAGGCACUUUCACAUGUUGAAAAUGCACAAUGUUUUGAAGAUUUAAAUCGUAAAAUUUCAUCUCACGAAAGUGUUUCUAUUGAAUAUGAACAAAAUGGAAAAAAAAAUGAAUUAAAUAAAUCAAGUUUAAUUUUGUCUGAUGCUACAAUAAUGCCAUUUAUUGACGAAACACAACAAAAUUCACCAAAUGAAGAUAGAAAAAGUCAACGAACAAAUAGUGAUUCUUAUUUAUCAGAACGAAAUCAAAAUGAUAAUGAUACAACUAUUACACUUUAUCAAGACAGAUCUCAUACAAAAUAUACUCCAAUUACUGAAGUAUUACCUGCACAAGAAUUGGAUAGAAUAAGUGUCCGAUCAAAAAAUAUGGAUACAACUAACAUAUGUAACCGAGCAUUAGUUAAACUUCUACGAAUUUAUUGUUGGGAAUGGAGUUGUGAAUCGUCCAUAUUUCGAAAAUUUCAAGAUGCUGUUGCUUUUUUUAUAUUGGAUGCAUUUGUUGAUUUAUUUAUUACAAUAUGUAUUAUAUUAAAUACAUUGUUUAUGGCACUUGAUCAACCGGGUCAGAGUGAAAAAAUGACACGAAUUUUAACAGCAGGCAAUUAUAUUUUUACAAGCAUCUUUGUAGUUGAAUCUAUACUAAAAAUAAUUGCAUUGACACCAGUUAAAUUUUUAAAAAAUGGAUGGAAUGUAUUUGAUUUAUUAAUUAUUACAGGUAGUCUUAUUGAAUUAUGUAUUGCUAAUCUAAAAGGUUUAAGUGUUUUACGUGCAUUUCGAUUAUUACGUGUAUUUAAAUUGGCUAAAUCUUGGCAAACAUUGAAUCGUCUUCUAUCAAUUAUUGGUAUAUCAAUAGGAGCUUUAGGAAAUUUAACAUUGGUUCUUAUUAUUAUAAUAUUUAUGUUUGCUGUUAUGGGAAUGCAGUUAUUUGGUCAUAAAUAUGCAGAUAAAUUUGGUAAAGAUAUGCCAAGAUGGAAUUUUUUUGAUUUUUUUCAUGCAUUCAUGAUUGUUUUUCGUGUCUUAUGUGGUGAAUGGAUUGAAUCAAUGUGGAUAUGUCUUGAAUGUGCUGGAUGGCCAUGUAUUCCAUUUUUUCUAUUGACAUUUGUCGUUGGUAAUCUUGUGAUAUUAAAUUUAUUUUUGGCACUUUUACUUGCAUCAUUUGAUUCAAAUAAUUUAACUGAAAAAGAAGAUGAUGAAAAUAAAAUUGGUGAAGCAAUUGAUCGUAUUAAACGAUUUAUUUAUUUUCUAAUUGAAUUUAUGUUUCAUUUAUUUUGUCGAAAAAAACAACGACAAAAAAAGAUUUCUAUCGAAAAUAAUAUCCAUGAAUUUGUAACUGAUAAUCAAUCACCUUCUGCUAGACAAGAAUUAGUUAAUUGUCUUUCUUUACCAACAUCAUAUACAUUAGAAGAAACAAAUGCUUCAGUACUUUUAACAAAUGAUUUAUCAACAAAAUAUGAAGAAAUUGAAAUGCAACCAAUGAAUGAUAAUCCUAUGAAAUCAUCUUCUCCAACAUGGCAAAUUCUUCAUAUGCCACCAGAUUGUUGUCCUAAAAUAAUAUCAAAAUCUUUUUCUUGUUGUACUAAAUGUAUACCAAAACUUAUUCAAGAACAAUGGACAUAUCUACGUAGUCUAGUUUAUCGUUUUGUUGAACAUCGUUUUUUUAAAUGGUUUAUUAUUAUUAGUAUAAUAGCUAGUUGUACAACUUUAGCUUUAGAAGAUGUAAAUACACGACAACAACCAACAUUUUCCAAAGUAUUAGCUAUAUUCGAUAAAAUUUUUGCAGUUAUUUUUGUAAUUGAAUUAAUAUUAAAAUUGUUUGCAUAUGGAAUAAAAAAUUAUUUUACAAAUGGUUGGAAUUGGUUAGAUUUUAUUUUUGUAGUUGCUAGUAUUCUUGGAAUUGUUCUUAAUAUAUUUGAUGUAGCUGAUAUUCCAGUAUUUAAAUCAAUGAGAACAUUAAGAGCAUUACGUCCAUUAAAAACAAUGUCAAGAUUUGAAGGAAUUCGAAUUGCUGUUAGUGCAUUAUUUGGUGCUAUAUCAUCAAUUUUUAAUGUUUUACUUGUUUGUCUUGUAUUUUGGUUGAUAUUUUCAAUUAGGGGUGUACAAUUAUUUGGUAGAAAAUUUUAUAAAUGUGUCUAUGUUGAUACACAUGAUCGUGUUAAUAUAUCAGAAAAUAUAACGAAUAAAAUUGAUUGUUUAAAUAAAAAUUUUACAUGGGAAAAUUCACGAAUUAAUUUUGAUAAUGUUCUUAAUGGUUAUUUAGCUUUAUUUCAAAUUGCAACUUUCAAUGGUUGGCUUGAAAUAAUGGCUGAUGCAACCGAUGCUAAAGAAAUAGAUGCUCAACCAGAAUAUGAGAUUAAUGUUUAUAGCCUUGUUUAUUUUGUUUUAUUUAUUAUAUUUGGUUCAUUUUUAACUCUCAAUUUAUUUGUUGGUGUUAUUAUUGAUAAUUUUAAUGAACAAAAACGAAAAUUAAGAGCUAAUGAUUCAAUAGAUAUACUUAUGACAGAAGAUCAAAAAAAAUAUUAUAAUGCUAUGAAAAAAAUGAGUAAUAAAAAACCAACUAAAGCAUUAUCAAGACCAAGAUUUGCUCUUGCAAGAUUUCUUUUUGAUUUAACAACAAAUCAAAAAUUUGAUAUAUUUAAAAUGAUAUGUGUUUUUCUUAAUAUGCUUUGUAUGUGUCUUGAACAUUAUAAUCAAAGUGAUACUUAUGAUCUUGUUCUUGAAUAUAUUGAUCAUUUUUUCGUUGCAAUGUAA